AUGAGCCCGGCAUUAGUUCAUCUGCCUUGCAAGAGUGGGAGGUGUGUCACAUUCUGUGGCCUCGGCCUGGUCGAUCAUACCCGACACACGCACACGCCAGACUGUCGUUGUGUCCGGAGUGGAGCCGAUCGCGACGGCCGAAUCCGACUUCAGCCUCGAGCCGGCGCUUUUCGCCUCCCUUCACCGUCGCCGUCAGCCUCGUCCUCGCCGUCGCCGUCGCCGUCGCCGUUGCCGUUGCCGUUGCCGUCGCCGGGUCUGUUUUUGUCAUUCGGGCGGUCCGGUCGGGAUGGCGGGUGGGUGGAGAGUGCAAUCGGCCGCCGGGUUGGGAUUAGCGGACAAACUCAUCUCUCGGCCAGCCCAUGCCCCGCUCGGUUGGCUACCCUUCCCCGUACCCUCUUUCCCCAACCAUUGGCCGCAUUAUACAAUGAUUGCUCAACACCGUUUGUCGACUCUACACGAAACGAUAGAACUCUGAGACUUGAGCAUAGCGAAACACCCUCCAGCCCGAAGAACACAUCUCUCUUUGCGGCUAACUUCGAACCGUCGAACAGCAACGCGAAUAAGCCCCAUCUACCGACAACAUAUACCGGCGACUUUAUGGCGGUCGGUCGAACGGAAACAUCACAGACGCAAAAAGUCACUCUUUUACCCACCACUUGUCGAGACUGCUAA